UCAUUUGAACCGCAACGUAUGAAAUCGGAACGGAAUAUCGCCAAACAGAUAUAUAGAAAACUACGUAACGGACUUAAAAGCGACACGUGGGUGUAUAAAAAAGGAAUUAUAAAUUACAACUGUUUUGUGGAAAUAAUAAAUAAGUUAUAAAAAUAUCGGAAUCAAAAAUAGUUAAAUGUGGCAGCAGUCGAAGUUGAAGUGAAAUGAAUCCCGAGGAAUGUCCGCAAUUGGUCAACCUGUGAGUCCUGCGAAUCCUGUGUGAGUGUCGUGAGAGCUCCGAAGAUGGCGGUGUUCAGUUCAAUUAUGGAAACCGUCGCCAUUUUGGCCCUGCUGCUUGGCCUUUUCAUUCGAAGUGGCUACUGCAUAGACUGUUUCAAGUGCGUCUCCUACAACGGAGCCAACAAAGCCUGCGAUGAUCCGUUCCACAACAACUACUCGACGGCCAUUUUGGAGUCACCCUGCAUGGGCGGCCGGAAGGGGCGUGACGGCCUAUUUCCGGCCACCGCCUGCAUCAAGAUCGCCGGCUACUACGAUGGCACCGGGGAGACGAUAACGGUGAGAGGAUGCGCCCUCGACAGCGGCACUUUGACCACCGAUACCGAGAUUAUAAGAAUGUCGCAUUGCGGAAAGUUCUAUUACGACGACAAGUACGUGCACGGUUGCCUGCAGAGCUGCAGUGAUGCGGACGCCUGCAACUCAAGCAGGAGGCAGGGAGCGAGUCCCGCGGACCCGGAGUCGCUGAUGAGGCACCUGCUCAGCCUGGCGGUGCUCCUGGUGGCUGCCACCAGGUAGCAGCAGCGAUACCUGUAACUGAAGUAUCCGGAGCAGGAGGAACAGGCGGAAAUAUCGCAGGAAAGGAAGUGAGGCGGCGGGAAGAACUUCUUCGGCUGCGCGUUGAAGUCCUUUUAUUUUCCUUCGAAUCUCUCUCUGUGUCUAGGAUCGCACCCAAAUGUAAACGCACUCGAGCAGCUGCAAACACACUCUCUUUGUUACACCCAAACACAUUAUGGAAUUCAUCAAGCAAUUAUGUGAUUUAUAAGCGAAUACUUGACAACUAUCAAACAAUAACUGAUGAACUCGAACGAACGGAAACGGAAACUAUUUAGAUGCUAAGCAUUCGAGUGGCGAAGAUCAAAGGAAACACUGCAACCCAAAUUAAAAUUCUAAUUGCAAUUAUUUAUAGCUCCUAAAAAAGGAAACUAGACUCUAAAUUUAAAUGCUGUCGCUGCUGAGUUUCUAUUAAGGGAAGGCAGGAAUGGUUUACGAUUUAUAUGCGAUGAGUUUUACCUUAACAUAAAUAAGUAUUUUUCACCUCUCUAGAUGAGUAUUGUACAUAAACGAAACGAAAAUUUAACUAUUUGUUAAACGAAUGCUGAAUUUUAGGCAAAUUAAAAGUAAUUAUGUGUAAAUGAAUUAGUGGGUACACUUAGCAACGAAAACUGCGAGCUACAAAUAUUUAUUUAUAUUUCUUCAGUCAUUAUCAACCAACAAAUAG